AAUGGAGACUACGGGCGGCUGCGUCGGCUCGAAAAAGGAGCAACUUUACAUGCUCGAACUUCUCGUCGAUAAGUUGAACCUCAGCGCCGACAAGAUUCGGGAAAUCGGUAGCGCGCCUCUCUGCGUACGUCUGAAAUUCGUCGAUUUUCCGCCGUUCGAGAUCAGCCAGGCCGAAUUCGUCAAACAAAAAGUCAAGGAACCUUCGGUGACAUCCGAGAGAACGACCGCUGCAGAAUACACGGUUGAUUUCAGCGCUGGGAAAUCGUGUCUUUUCACGAAACAGCCUCGCGAUUUGGUACAGGCGAUGCAAUCGCGACCCUUGCAGGUAGGAGUUUACAGAACUAUCGCAAAAGCGGCGUGCGGAGCGUUUGUGGACGAUUUACCGAUUUGCGAAACGCGAGUUCCACUCUCCGGCUGUCUGUGCGACCAAGUAGCGAUGGCGAUGAACGAUGCCGAUCACCUGCCCAAGCCCUACACGUUAAAAAAUACCUACAACCUGCUGGACGACAAGGGAAGUCCCUCCGGGACGAUCGCCAUUUUUCUGAGGCUCUCCUGUUUCGGGAAGUCGAUAGUGACGCAUUUCACAUUUCAAGAACGAUCGUUCCUUUUCAAAAGUUCGGAAUCCAGCGACGAAUUUCAGUGCACCAGAGUUCCUCCGACCGAAGAAGAACUGGCGAGGAGAGCUAACGAGGUCAAGGAUAAGAUUUGCGUUUCUCAGGCUGAACCGGAACCGGAAGAAGAUCCUCUUCCGAAACCUAGUGACGUCAUCGGACUGGCACCGAUUUGCCAGGAACUUGCGAAGAGGGACGGAGGUCCGGCAAAUUUGUAUCCACCGAUAUCGGCACCCCUAAGAUCUCCAAAAAUCCCUAUGGAUCAUCCCGAUUUUGAAAAGUUAACGAGCGCGGAAAAAUUGAACGACAAAAGUUACAGGGGUCUCGUUUAUCGCGAACAUACCAACGAGAAGAUUUGCGAAUGCGCUUGUUCUCCCGGUGGAAUUUUCCUGAAUCGUUUAACCGGUGAUUUUCCUUGUACCGGUGCGGCGUGCGGUGGAGGAAUUUGCGUUGGUACAAGGCGUUUGGAUCCUCCCCCUCGGGAUCACCACGGAGGCAGCGAUGAGAUGCCGUGUUACACAGGAAACUGCUGUUCCGGGACACCGAAAUCAUCUGCUACGGGUGAUAUCUCUUACGGGGGAUGCUGUAACGGUACUCGAAUGCGGGGUGGUGGUUGCUGCGACGGGAUGAAUUCGGGAACUGGACCCCCCGGGGGACUCGACGUCUCGGAAAACAGGGUGAAUCCAUUUCACAGAAAUCGAUCGAUCAACGCCGAUAUUUCCGGAGCUUGCACUUCCUCCCAGGGCGGAGAAGGCUCGUCAAAAAAACCAGGUUGCGGUUGCUACGGGAAGAGUGGUACAGGCGAAAUGCAAACCAGACCAGCCCUCGGGAAAGCAGGAGGCUCCUGUUCGAAAAGACCUUGCCUCGGGGUCGACUGUCUCCUCCGGGCUUUCAAAGAAACGCAAGAUUUCGUGGACUCGAUCGGUAAAGUUCCCGGGCUCGCGGGUCUCGGACUUCCCGACCCGUCGGAGAGCCCGUAUUUCGGCAGGGAUAGAGACGACGUGGAAGAUACUUGCGCCCCGAAAAAAACACCUGGAAUAGGGUCUUCCCGUCACCUGAGUACCACGAGUGCUUCAUUCGCAACGAGGAAUCAAAAUUUUCCAAAAGCGCCGAGGUCCACCGGAGGGAUAAAUUUUCCUCCUCUACCGAAUCCGUUUCCUUCGAUAAUCCCAGGGCGUACAGGAGUCGUAAGAGAGGCUAUUACCGCCUCGCCUGAGAUCGGAUCGUUCGGUACGGGGCGUGGAAGAAGGAAAGACGAUAGAAGCGAGAAACAGAAAGAGAUGGAAAUGAGCCCCAUGACUCCGAUGGAUAUCGAAUUCGGUCCUUGCGGGGAACCGAGGUGUAAAGCGCGCAGGAAAAAAACUCAUAAUGAUCCGCAUCAGACCGGAGAAGGUCACAGCGGUCUCUCGCUAUCGAAGAAACUUCCGGUCCAGGUGCGACCCAACAGUGGGGGAGGUUUUUUCAGGAUAGGCGGCGGAAGAUCUUCCAGUAAAUUUCAGAAGCAUACCUCUAAAACUCCGCAAACGGUCCUUGGACCGUUUGGUGACCGAAACCUGAACUCCAAGUCCUACGUGAAGGUCAGCAGGCGAGUAAUGAAGUUUGUAUAUUCUACGGGAGCGUCCUAUCCAGGAAUUAAUUACGGGCAUAAAAAUUGCUUGGACAAUCGAAUGAGGGUACCCGCGAAUAUGGGAUGGCUAUGGAAUACGAAUCAAGUCGUGGGUAGGCUUAAGCCACGUCUUGGUUGGAAGCCUGGCGCGAUUUCUCGGUUCAUGAACGAGCUCCUGAGGCAGGCGAAGGUCGCUGGUUCAACCGAGAGCAGGCCGACGAGUUCCUCUUCGAAGAGCAAAAAGGGGAAGAUGUUGAAGAACAAGAGCAGGAGCUCGCCGUCAGUAAAUAAGGGACUGGGAACUAAGAAGAAGGAUGGAGAAGACGAGGAGACGGAGCUACCGCCCACGUUGCACAUUCACCGGAAAGAUGGGACGUACUACGUUACGAUGUACCCGAUAAAGCAGGAAACAAUGGAUGUCCCGCAAUUGCAAGAGCCCAUGAAACCUCUCCAGUUUAAAAUCACCAAAAAUAAGGAUGACGCUUCGAUUGCAUCCAGCUCAACUGCUUCGGAUAUGGAGAUUGAAUUUUCUCCCCCAGCUGCUGUUAAUCGCUAUCGUAAAAAGCCAAACGUUAUUCACGUCACCACGCAGGUUAAACAACAAGAAAUAAUUGAUGCAUUGAAACCACCGGGAAGCAAAAAAGGCAAGCGAGAGGGAAAAGGAGCUGGGAAGAAAGGAAAAAAGAAGUAAUUUCAUCGGGACAUCAGGGUGAUUCCAUCUGUGAACGCUCUGUCAGCAAAUUCUUGGGACUUGAAUUUCUCCGCGUUCGCUCGAUCGCAGCGCUACAACCAAGAACUAAACAAAAGUGUCCUUGUGGUGUCUGCUAUUAACCUUCUGCUGUCCGCUGCCGCUGCUGUC